AUGCCGUUGACAAGAGAUUUUGGGACCAUCUCGGAACCGGACGAUAAAAGGGAAACAAAUUGCCAAUCUGAGACUAAACCAGCAGAGGAGCUCCACGUCAUUCCGAUCCACCUGCGCCCAGACCUGCUGCUUCCCUGCGCUGACCUAGUCAACUCUGAGUGGCAGAGAAGUCAGGCUGCCCGUGUUCACUCACUUCAGAAAUCCUGCCCUGAAUUCCCCACCUGCUUGGUUCUCGUACAUGGUCCCAGAGAUGCAGAGAGGACCCUUGGUCACGCCCGGCUCUCGAGAGUCGUAGGCCAUGGCAGUAGCCUUUUUGUGGAGUCUGUGGUCGUGUCCAAGGCGGAGAGAGGGAAAGGCUAUGGACGAAUGCUGAUGGAGAUGACAGAGCGCUAUGCCAAAAGACGAGGGUUCAAGCGUCUCUGCUUGACCACCCAUGAUAAACAGCAUUUUUAUGCCCAUCUUGGCUACACGCUAUCGACACCGGUGCAGAAUGCAGGUGCUGUGGCAUCUUUGGUUCCUAUGGAAAUGCUUCUCAAGCUCUCCAGGAUACCUAAUGGAGAUGUUAACAUACUAAAACACACACACAAAGUAGAAAAGGGAAGCCCAGUUCGGACUAAUGGACCUUGCUCUGUUCCUCCACCACCUCCAGCCUCCUUCAUACCUCCCCCUCCACCACCUCCAUCGAUCCCUCCCUUAGCUGAUGGAGCACCCAUGAUUCAGACUCUAACUGAAACUCCUUACAGAGACUCAAAGGGAGCAUCCAUUUUUUGGAUGCAUAAAAACCUCUGA